CUGAAACGCGGGCGCCACUUGGUGAAGAGGGACGGACACUCGCGCACUACCUUCCAAAGACAGAAAGAGAGAGAGAGAGUCAGUGAAAGGUAGACUAAAAACGGCAACGACCGCUCCUCUCUUUCGUACUAUUCCUCACCGGCCAAACACCACGGACCGUCGACAUGCGGUUCCUGCUCGUGGUGGUCACCGCUUCUUCAGUGGUCUAUUCCAGCGCUCGACCUGACAAGCCUCCCGUCUCAUUCGGAGGCUUCCAGCCCCUCCACGGGUCCCGCGGAGUAGGUCCAGCCUCUGGCUACAGUGCGCCUCCUCUCCCUGAUCCAGGCUACGCUGCACCCGAUUUAGGUGGACACGGUCUAGGCGGAGGUGGACACGGUCUAGGAGGAGGAGGAGGUGGACACGGUCUAGGAGGAGGUGGACACGGUCUGAUAGGCGGAGGUGGCCCAGGACCCGGAGGUCCCACGAAGACCAUUUUCGUCAAUGUACCCCAUCCCGAACCUCCCCCACCCCCACCACCCAUUGCUGCGGGUCCCCCCCGCAAGCACUACAAGAUUGUGUUCAUCCGCGCUCCUCCUCCCCCUCCCCCUCCCCAGCCGAUCUUGCCUCCUCGCACUGAGCAGAAAACUCUGAUCUAUGUCCUCCACCAGAGGCCACAGCUUCAAGAGCAGCAGGUCAUUGAAGUACCAGCAGUCAAGCACAACCCUGAGGUCUUCUUCGUUCAGUAUGAUAACCCUCCAACUGCUGAGGAGCUGCAGCAGCUGUCAGCUGGUAACCUGAAUGGCUUCUCACUCAACGCACAGCCCUUGGGCGACGCUGGAAUUGGUUUGAGUUAUGGUGAUAGUCUAGCUUCUGGAUCAGGAGUUCCAUUACCUUUGGGUGGUGGUGGUGGUGGUGGUGGCGGCUUAGGAGCUGGCGCUCCUUUGCCACUGGGUGGAGAUUCCCUGGGAGCUGGUGGAUUUGGUGGAGGUCUUGGAGGAGGACCAGGUCUUGGUGGAGGACCAGGUCUGGGAGGAGGCCCAGGCCUUGGAGGAGGACCAGGUCUUGGUGGAGGUCCAGGUCUUGGAGGAGGCCCAGGUCUUGGUGGAGGUCCAGGUCUUGGAGGAGGCCCAGGUCUUGGAGGGGGUCCAGGUCUUGGAGGAGGCCCAGGUCUUGGAGGGGGUCCAGGUCUUGGAGGAGGCCCAGGUCUUGGAGGAGGCCCAGGUCUUGGUGGAGGCUUUGGUGAUGCUGGAGCAGGUGGUGUGCCCUUGCCAGGCCUUGGUGGAUCAGGCCCUGGUGGAUUUGGAGCAGGUGGUGCUCCUUCGCCAGGAUUCGGUGGAGGAGCAGGUGGUGUACCGUUGCCAGGCCUUGGUGGUGGGCCUGGAGGAUUUGGACCCACUGGCAGGACUGGAGCUGGAGGUCUUCAGCUGGUCGUAGAUGACGACGCCGAUGGGCUUCCGUCGUUAGAACUAGACGACGAUUUCGACAACCGCGUUGGUGCUGCGAGGACAAAGAAGUCGCCGGCGCCCGCUGCUGCUGCUGCUGCUGCUGCUGCUGGUACUGGUACUGCAGCCACAAGAGCAAAGAAGAUUUCGAGCAGUUGAUCGCCUCAGCCUCACUCUCAUCUCUAGUCUUCCUGUGGCGGGAAGAAGUCUCCUGUUAACGCAGCAGCUGCUUCCCAUCAACUUGUUGUUUUUACUCUCAAAGACAUUUCUGCCUUUCAUAGUUUUUCAUCCACAGUACCCCCUCCACGCCUUUAGGGUGCUCAGAAGUCUUUUGCCCUGUCGCAAGAUGGGUAUUUUGUUGCCUUUUGCCGGUGGGAGCAGCUGGUUCUCGGGCCUGUAAGGAGAGGAGAGGGUUCAGUGCAGGGUGUACUACAUGUAGCCAGUUCAGGCAAAGCCUUCCAAAUUGACUUUGAGGUGAAUUGCUGAACCAGCAACAGCUUCUUAACUUAUUGUCAUUAUCUUAUGUGUAUAUGUACAUUGUAAAUAGGUCUAAACACAGUUAUACAUUCCCCCUUUUUUUGAGCUUAAAGUUGCAUAACAUUGUUUACCAGUCAUUCCCUAUGUGUUUCCUCUUUCGUUUCUCUUUUGUUUAUCUGAGCGAGUCAACUCUCAGGUUUUUAUCUCGAGAACGAAAUUCCGGUCUGGAAAAAAAAAAGUAUGACGCUUUCUAUUCUGAAAGUACAUACCUACUUCUUCCCCCAAACAACCAACCGCCCCCCCCCCCUUUCCCCAUCUUUCAGUAUAUGAACUCAACUCCCUCUCCCCCAAGUCUACCAAAACCUGCCACUUCCCCCCAUCCAGUCCUGGUCAAACGAGUUUUCUCUGAACCUGAGUAAUUUUUUUUGUCUUUUUAAAUUCAGUUUUCCACUGACUUUCACUUGGCUGAGUAUGCUACUUACACACACAUAUAUAUACACAGUAUGUCAGAUAUAUUAUAGAUAGAUUUCUCUAGAGUCUUUGUUUUUUUUUCUAUAUAUAAAUUGUUGAUUAUAUGGAGAUAUUUAUUGUUAAAAGUCCGGUCCUCCUCUUCGUGGGGAACAAUAAUAUUUUUGUACAUGGCUACUGAUUGAUGAUCUGUCCAGGCUGGUCCUUAUUAUAGUCUAAACAAAACUAAUACCUAUUAAAAAAAAAACUCAGGUAGCUACUCCUCAUGGAAAAAAAAAAACACUGACAUACUUCAACAUUUCAAAGGCGGAAACAUGUUUGUUGUUAAUGUCUUCCUGCAGGCAGAGCUCUUGUUUAGUUUUUCACUUGAAUCAUCGAUCAGGCGAACUUGCCUCCAUAAGCAUGUAUUUUUUUUUCCUUGUUUACAAUCGUUGGGAAGGAAACCUGAACCAAUAGUCCUGCCAUCGAGCAGAUAAAUGAUGAUAAUGUUUCUCAGUAAUACUUGCAGCAUUUGUCCAAAAUAUACUCGAGGGUCUGUAGGCAGAAUUAGCAGGAAGCAUCACUCAACCUAUAUACACUGUAAUAGCUUUAAGUCCAGACGUUAUAUGAAUAUACCAGUUAAUUAUAAGAUUUUUAAGUAAA